UCUGUUAACCCUUACCUAUAUCCUAACUGACCCUGACCCCAAGAAUUAAACCCAGCAGACCCUGACUAGCCCCAGGAGCAGAAGGUGACGAAUGGACCUGGCAAAGGUUUGGUGUUCCUUACCAAGGCGCCACCUCUCGCUUCUCAUUAGUGCUUCUGUAAUAGGCUGUGGGCGUCCAUAGCAAGAUAUUGUGGGUGUCCGCAGCCUCGACGCCCGUACCUUUGCUCCGAUGGGCUCAGAAGGGAAGAUGACCCAAAUCAAACAAUACACCAACGAUGAGGCUUUGGUCCCAUGUAUAUAAGGCGAGGCAAGUCCGACAUUCAUUCUUAGUCUUCGUUGGUUCUAUCACAUCCCUUCGUCUUAAUUUAAACAGUCAACAUGAAGUACGCUCUUGGUGCAGCUCUCGUUCUGCAGAGCACGCUGGCUCUGGGCAACCUUCUGCCCGUUCAUCUCAGGGCACCCACACCAGAUCACUUUCAGGACAUCGUUCGCAACGACACCUACGACUUUGGCUGCAGACCUAUCGCUCAUCCUUCAGAGGAUGGUGCUCACUUCACUCUUCAUGCCCUACUGACAGAGGAUCAAAUUGCGCAUCUGACAAAAGAGUACGAGACGGACAGUGAAAUCACUAUCCACCGCCAGAUGGUCAAGAGGCAGGCUUCUGCCCCCAUUGGUUCUGGUGACCGCUUCAAGGCUGGCACAGUAUCUCCCGUCGGUCUUGGAACUCAAGCAAGUGGCGCCACAAUUUCCAGCAUCAUGAACGUUAACGAAGUAAACUCUGCGUUCAAUGCCUUGGUCAAGAACUAUGGAGUUGGCUCGGUCACACUCCCGUACAAGACUUUCAACGGCGCUACUUCAUACGCCGGAUUUGUUGGUGCUGGAACAGACAAGUCAGCAUACCGUCUCUACCUCAGUGCUGGUGUACACGCUCGCGAGCGAGGUGGUCCUGAUCAGCUCAUCUACUGGAUCUCCGAUCUACUUGCCGCCAACAAAGCAGGCACUGGCCUCACAUAUGGCAAGAAGACGUACACCAAUGCCCAAGUGAAGAGUGUCCUUGCUGCGGGUAUCGUCUUCUUCCCUCUUGUGAACCCAGACGGUGUCGCAUACGACCAGUCCAGUGGUUCGCUCUGGCGCAAGAACAGGAACACCAAGUCCGGAUCCAGUGGAUCUUCAAUUGGUGUUGACAUCAACCGCAAUUUCGAUUUCCUAUGGAACUUCCGCAAGUACUUCUCUGCUAGUACAUCGCCUGCUUCUACUUCACCUAGUUCAGAGACAUUUUACGGCACUGCUGCUGCGUCGGAAUCCGAAACAAAGAACCACGUCUCGAUCUACGAUUCGUUCCCCAAGAUCCGAUGGUUCAUGGAUAUCCACUCCGCUGCCGGCGACAUCCUCUACUCGUGGGGCGACGAUGAUGUCCAAACCACCACUUCAACUAUGAACUUCCUCAACACUGCCUACGACGGCAAGCGUGGUGUAACCGGCGACAGUGCAUACAAAGAGUACAUCCCCGCAACCGACAACACCAACAUCAAGAACGUUGCCGCAAAGACCGUUGCUGCCAUGAAGGCUGUUGGUGGUCGUUCAUACGUCGCCAUUCCUGCCGUUGGUCUCUACGCAACCUCGGGAGCCAGUGAUGAUUACGCAUUCAGUCGCUUCUGGGCCAAGCCGGGUGUCAACAAGGUGUACGGGUACACUAUGGAGUUUGGGUACAGCACCAACUUCUACCCGACGGCGAGUGAGUUCAACCAGAACAUUCUGGACACGAACGCCGGGUUCAUGGACUGGGCCUUGGCCGCGAUUUCGGUUGGGUUGAACUAAAUAUCGGCUGAGGCGUUGGGUGAAUGUAGGCGUUGAUGUUGUGGAUGAUACCAAGGUGUACUCUGUAGUGCAGGCGAGAUCAUCGAUAUGACCGUACGAAAUACAUAAAAUGUCAUCACGAGACUGCUUUCGAGUACGCUUUAAGGCUAGCCUGUC